AUAAAAGAACACAAUGAUUGUUUUCUUCAAGAAUCACCAAAAACCUGUUUCAUCAAGCAUGUCGGCGAACAAUGACGUGACAGGUAAAGUCAUUGUGCUUAUGGGCGUAAGCGGCGCAGGGAAAUCUACCAUAGGUAAAAUGUUGGGGAAAGCUCUAUCUUGUGAUUUUCUUGAUGCCGAUGAUUUUCAUUCUUUAUCGAACAGAGAUAAGAUGCGUCAAGGCAUUGCUCUUUCAGACGAAGACCGAAUGCCAUGGCUUGAAAAAAUACAAGAGAGUUUGCGAAAACGUUUACUCAAUGGAGAGACCGUUGUUCUCGCAUGUUCUUCAUUGAGAAAACAGUAUAGAGAAAUCUUGAGAGGCUCUGAUCCUGAUUACAAACAGGGAAGCUAUACGAGUUGCAAGGUUAAGUUUGUAUUAUUGGAAGGUAAUCCUGAGGUGAUUGCUGCUCGGUUACAGAAGAGAGCUUCCGAAGGAGAACAUUUCAUGCCUCUUACUCUUCUUCAGUCUCAGUUUGAUCUGCUUCAAGCUGAUGAAUGCGAAAAGAUAUUCAAAAUCAGUGUGGUUCUAAGCCCUGAAGUUAUAGUCAAUACAAUUCUUGAAAUGCUAGGAAAUUCUUUGAGAGAAGGUAUAUGAAAUUCUCAGCACAUUUGUAUUAUUACUAUUCAUCUUUGUAUUCAACAUAUACAAAUAAGCAAAAACUUACUUCCUGAGUAUACAAGUUUAGAUGUACAAUGUUUCAUCAUCUUCUCCAUUUUCUUUCUUCUACAAUUUGAUUUUAACAUACAGUUGGUACUUGGUUUAGCUAAUUAAUUUUCUGAACGAAA